CCUUCAUCUCCCAGCCUUCAGCCACACUGGCACGCACUACUCAUCCUCUCAAUAUGCCGUCUGCAUCUGCUGCGCGCUCCUACAACGCCGCUCAAGUGCCUACCACUAAGGAUCUGCCCGUUGCUGUCUUCGUCGGCGGCACCAGCGGUAUAGGCCGCGCCAUGGCAUCUGCCUUCGCCACCCACACCAACGGUCGCGCCCGCAUCGUCAUCGUCGGCCGAAACCAGAAAGCCGCCGAGGACCUACGCGCCACCCUCCCCUCCCCCGCCCGCGAACAACUGCUCUUCAUACCCUGCGACAUGAAGCUCAUGCGCAACGUCGCCGCCGCCACGCGCGAGCUCGCCGCGCACGGCGUCGACAAGAUCAAUUACCUCGUGCUGUCGUCGGGCGUGCUGCCCGCGGAGGGCCGCAUCGAGACGGAGGAGGGCAUCGACGAGAAGCUCGCGAUCGCGUACUAUGGGCGGUGGAAGUUUGUAUAUGAGCUGCAGGAGGCCCUCGCGAAGGCGGCCGCGGCGGGCGAGCCGGCCAAGGUUCUGACGGUGCUCGCGGCUGGUGCCGGUGGGCCUAUCGAGCUGGACGACCUCGGACUGAAGAAGAACUACGGCCUCAUUCACACCUCGAAAUCGCAGGCGACAUAUACAGAUCUGAUGGUAGAAAAAUUUGCAGAACUCCACCCAGAGGUGUCCUUCGUACACGCGUACCCUGGCAUAGUGAAGACGGAUCUGCUGUCGAACGCUUCGUCUGGAAUGCUGAAGGCGUUGCACUGCAUCAUGGACCCCUUCAUAACUCUCAUCGGCAACACCGCCGAAGACUGCGCGGAGCUUAUGUGGUAUGCUGUCUACCAGAGUGGCCCAGGCUUCGCGCGGAUCAAUCCCAAGGGAGAGGACAUCGGUAUGAAGGAAUACUAUGGCUCGGAGGAAGCGAAGGAGUUGGUGUGGGAGCACAGCCUGGAAGUGACGCGAUCGCGGAAAGAGUGA